GUCCCUGUUGAAGCUGCUUGUGGUUCUGUUUUGCGUCCAGAGGGGCGAGGGCCACUUUCUGCCGUCGCUGAUUGAUCAGAAACAAGAAACAGCAUCUUCAAACAUGUCCCCGAAUCAAGACAACAGAGAAGCAGAAGCUUCUGGAGUUGGUCCAUCCCCCGCUCCCAUCAUCCCGGCCCGGUCCCGCCGCUCCGCCCUGGACUCGCAGUGCGGCCUGCGCUCCAUCCUGCUGCAGGUCCGGCACCUGGGCCUGGGCUACGACUCGGACGAGACUGUCCUCUUCAAGUACUGCAGCGGGACGUGCCCCCACGCUCGCUCCAACCACGAUCUGACGCUCACCAACCUGCUGCAGAGCGGCGUGCUGCCUCAGCCGGCGCCCGGCGAGCUGAGGCACAACGCGCCCUGCUGCCGGCCGACCCACCACGAGGACAUGGCCUUCCUCGACAACUCGCACCGCUGGCACAAGGUGGAGAAGCUGUCGGCCGCCGGCUGCAGCUGCGUGGGCUGA